CGAGGAAUACCUAAACUCAUCAAUAGCUUCGAAAAUGUUUAGCGGAACUGUAGCUAUUUUAUUCACAACAUUUACCUACGUAUAUUGCGGCUACAAUACAGAAACUUACCACAUCAAUCCUCAAACCACCCGCAUCGUUUACGAGCACAGCGACGAAGACUAUUACGUGUUGAACGUGGGACUUCCUGAAGUACUCGUGGAACUCAUCUUCGGCAACCACAUCAAAUGGCUUGGUGUAAUGGGCCGGUGCAGGCUGAAGCACGCGCAGAGUUGCUCCUUCAAAACCUUCCCUUACGCUUAUAAAGGUAUAAAAGUAAUCAAUAACAACGAAUUGAGCUCGUACGUUCACGGUUUCGGUUUGAAGUACGGUUUUCCCGAAUUCGAUUCCCGACCGAACGACUACUUUGAUGUGAACGAAUUGGCCGAAACGAUAAUAUCCACAGGAGCAACGUACGUUCCGUAUGUAGGCGAAAUACUGAGCAGUAUCGUGGAGUAUUUUUGGCCCAAAGAAGAAGUAGACGUAUGGGAUCAAAUAGUCGAUAAAGUAUCCGAUUUGAUCGACGAGAAAAUCCGAUCGGCCGUCUACGAUCUGCUCGCGGGCGAUCUGUCGCAUUACAAAUCCAGAAUCUCGCUGCUCGACUACGAAAUCCAACACCCGAACAUAACGAAAUCCCUCAAGAACCACUACAUAAACAUCGCCGAGGAUCUGAUCGGUUUCGAGAAGAAAUUCGUGUUCCAAAACUCCCCGGACGCGGUAAACACCAACUUCUUCAUCCUACCUCUAUACAGCAAUGUAAUCACCUUGAAGAUGACCUUCUACUUGUACGGCAUCAAAAACUGGCAGCUGCUCGGUUUGGACCCCGACGAGCACGUCAACCGCCUCAAGUACUACACCUACAAGCUCCUCUACGACCACGAGGGCGCCUUGAACCACGUGAACACCGUCGUGGAGAAGAAACUGGCCCGCGCCUACGCCUACACCUACCCCGAGCACAUCUACGACACCUUCGCCAAUCUCCGGCAAUUCGCCGCCCUCAACGGCUUCGAGUUCCUGCCCGUGUGGAAGGCCAUGGUGGCCCGUCCGCUGGCGGAGGCCCGGCCGGAGAUCCCGGCGGUGGCCUUUUCCACGCAAUUCGGCCGGAAUACAGCCAAACAAUCCGCCCAGAUCCUCCAACCGGCGGUGCCCCUUCAACCGGACGUCAUCAACGGCACCCUCAACGUGCCCAAGAAGAUAUUCAUCUUCACGACGCCCCGGAACCGCAUCGGAGGCUUGAAGAUCAUCUACGAGAACGGGGACGCGGUUUUCACGGGACCAACGCGGAAAGGUGCCCACGUGGUGGUCGAUUUGCAAGGUAGCGAUAUAGAGUUCAUAGGUGUUAGAGGAACGGGGCAAAUCGAAGGUAUGCAGUUCGGAUUGAGCGACGGAAGAAAGGUGAGCGCCGGCGUCGCGACGGGCGCGUUCCGGAGGUUCCGAAUGAAGAACCAUCGAAUCGUCGGUAUAUUGAUGACCAAUUCCUUGGUGCGAGUACCCAAAGAACAGGCUGCUAAUAUUGCUGUUAGUUACCAAGCCGUCUAUACGCAAUGAAUUGUUUUUGUGAAAUUUUACUUGCAAUAAUAAUUUAAUUGGACAGAUCUGAUUCAUCCUGAAGCAUUCUAAAUUGUUUUUGGAUGGUUCUAAUUCUUCCCGAAGCGUUAUAAAUGGUUCUGAACAGUUGUAAUUUAUA